AUGAAAUCGGAGUUCGAGGACACGGAGGCCGACGUUGGUCUUCGGGGGCGCAUCGUGGACUUCACCUGGGCAAACUUCACAUGUACGCAGUCGACGGGCGUGGUGGCCAUCAUGCUCUCCGAAACACCACACCAGUUCCACGGGCUCCAGACGAUCGGCGCCAUAAUCUUCAUAUUUAACAUCGUGCUAUUCCUGUGCUUCUGCGCGGUGAUGCUCACUCGCUUCAUAAUGCACCCUCACAUGCUCAAGAAGUCGGUCACGACGCCGCCCGAGUGUUUCUUCAUCGGCUCCUUCUGGCUCUCCAUGGCCACUGUAAUAAUGUGCAUGCAGCGCUUCGGCGUCCCACACACCGGGACUUGGCUGGUGGUUGCGAUUCGUGUGCUGUUCUGGAUGUAUGCUGCCAUCACCUUGAUCUACGCCACGGCAAUGUUCGCCACGCUAUACUUAAAGCCGAUCCUCACGCCGAGCCAAAUCCAGCCCGCUGUGUUCAUUUCUGUGUACAACACGAUGUUGACGGGGAUCAUCGCGGCCUCCAUAGCGAGCAGUCAACCGCCCGCGGCACGUUUACCGAUCAUCGUGGCUGGCGUGGCCUAUCAAGGACUUGGCUGGAUUCUAAGCCUCGUAUUAAUGCCUUGGUUCGUUGGAAACACCAUCGGCAACGGACCUGGCGGCCCGAGUAAUCGCCCAAAUUUGUUCUUGGCCGUCGGUUCGUCGGGUUACACUAUCGUCAGCUUGGUCGGCUGUGCGAAAUCCUUACCUACUUCUUACGACUACUUCGCGCGUCAUCCUAACGGGGUCGAAAUCCUACAGGUAAUGGCUGAUUGGAUUGGCGUAUUUCUCUGGCUAUUUACGUUCUGGCUCUUUGCCACUGCCCUCCUAGUCAACCUGCCGACAGUAUUCCCGAGGAUUGGGGCCGGUUUUCGCCCCAGCCCACGCAUGAGCUUUGAAUUGGGGUGGUGGAGCAUGAUCUUCCCAAAUGUCGGCUUCACUCUGGCGACGGGUUACAUCGGCCGGCAGUUUCAGUCAAAUGCUAUCCAAUGGAUUGCAACUAUUAUGACAGUGAUUUUGUUUGUGUUCUGGCUGAUGAACUUAGCAUUACAUGCUAAGGCUGCUGCAUUAGCUGUAAUGACGCUGAAUAAGGCGAGGUAG